AUGGGAGCUCCCUCCAGCACUGGUGAUUUCCCUGAAAAGGAGAGACUUGAAAAAGAGGCAGGUAUAAAAGGCAGCCCAAGUCUCUGCUCUCUCAUCCACUUCUCUUGCUUCCUUCUGCUUGGGAAUCAGGUGCGUCUACAGCCUCAAGACAUGUCCUGCAACACCCAGUGCCGUCCCUGCCAGCCCUGUGGCCCCACUCCACUGGCCAACAGCUGCAAUGAGCCCUGUGUCAGGCAGUGCCAGGACUCCCACGUGGCCAUCCAGCCCUCGCCCGUGGUGGUGACCCUGCCCGGGCCCAUCCUCAGCUCCUUCCCACAGAACACUGUGGUGGGAUCCUCCACCUCUGCUGCUGUUGGCAACAUCCUCAGCUGUGAUGGAGUGCCCAUCAACUCUGGGGGCUUUGACCUCUCCUGCAUCACCAGGCGCUACGGUGGAAGGAGAGGCCUCCCUUGCUAA